ACAAAGAUGGCCGCUCGCUGAACGGACAUUGUAAGGUUACCGGAAGUGCUCUGUGUGAAGCAUGUCAGCGCCCUGAACUGUCCCAGUGUCCGGUGUAUUACACAUCUAACCGGAGAACGUCUAUUAGCGCAGCUGCAUGUCCGGGUAACGAUCGGGAGGCGAUCCCCACAGCAAUGUCCGUUCUUCUACGAGGCAGAUUGCUCAUCCAGGCUAUCCGUCCAGCCAGCAGUACUGCCAGUGUUCAUGUCUCUCCAGCAGUUGAGGUGGACACGCAUGAAAAUGAAAUUGUAAACCCUGAAUUCACCAAUCGGAAUCCUCGUAACUUGGAACGUCUAUCUCUUGCGGUUAAGGAUCGUGGCUGGGGCACAGUGUGGCCGACCAGGGCAUACUGGCAUAGGUUACGUUUGGAACGCACUGGACACCAUGUUAACGCAUUGGUGGAGCAUGCAGAUGGCAGAAUUGUGCUCUCUGCCUCUACCAGAGAAUGGUGUGUGAAAAAACAUCUCUAUAGCACCGUAGACUCAAUGGCUUGUGAAAAUGUAGGCAGAGUUUUGGCUCAGCGCUGUCUGGAAGCGGGAAUACACUUUAUGCUCUAUCGGGACGUUCCUUGGGUCUUUCGAUCUGAAUCGGUGCAGCGGCUUCGGAAAGCAAUGAUCGAAGGUGGAAUAUUGUUAACGGAACCCCCCCGCACAUAUGAAUAACGUUACCAAGAACAUUUUUAUUUUAGUGAAGGCGACUAACCAAGCUUGUCAAUAUGCAAAAUAAUCAGUUUUUUGGACAAUAUUCUGAAUUUGUUUUAUUGAGAUUACAACUCUUGGUGUGUGGGGUUUUUUUUUUUUUGUGUAAGUCUCUAUCGGAUUUGCCAUCUUCUGUCUCUUGGGAAUGUCCCCAAUGAGGACGGACUACAAUAAAAAAACAACUUUCCCCAAACUCUGGAGAUGGGUUUUUAUUUACAGAACCCCAUAUCAAGUCUGACUUUACAAAGUGAUGUAUGUUCAUGUUUUCUCUUUAAGGUGUAUACCAAUCUUACCACAACUUUUUAUUUGGUGAGCUCUGGGACCACAGGUGAACAUACAAAGAAAUAAAAGCUAUACAGGACAUUCUCAUAAUACUUAAGCAAAAAUGAGAAAAAAUAAAUAAAUAAAGUUAUGGUGUAAAAAAA